AUGUUCGGCACCACCGAUCCGACCUUGCAACAGCCAGACAUCGACUAUGCACCGAACGAAGAAAAGUGGCGCGCGAGGACUGAACGUCGCUUGAAGACGGAAACAUUGGGAACUGAGCUACCCAAGGGUUUUCCUCGGAAGUUGAGUUCUCCUUUGGUGUGGGAUGGCCAAACUCUUCAGGAAGACAGCCACAAGUGGACUUACAAACUAAGCUGCGGAGACCUGGAGGAAAUCGACCAGGCUCUGAGACACUUUCAGGUUGCGCGGGGUGUUCCGGUGGACAAGUACACACGAGAAGAAAAUGCAAUCAUCUACGCCGGCCUCUCUGCUCACGUUGCACCUAUGCGGGCCCGUCAGGUUUUUGGCAAACCCUCGCAGGCUGUUCUCAUUCACGUCAAGGAUCUCAGCAAAACUGAUGAGAAAGAGUACAUUGGGGUUGGUAUGUACACUUCCGAGCUACUCACUUUUCAUACCGAUCUUGGAGAGAUUGUCUCUUUGCUUUGUCUCGAGCCUGCGGCCGAAGGAGGCGCCAGUCAGCUCGCCAGCAGCUGGCAUAUAUACAACCAUCUGGCGAGCACAAGGCCCGAUCUCAUCCAAACCCUGGCCGAUGAUUGGCCACAUGACACCCGGCCGUUACGCCUACAAAAUGAGGCCGGUCCUGCAUUAUCAACCGGCGACUACAUCAACCCCCGAGAGAGUCAUUAUUCAUUGUGUACGUCGAUUUUCACCGGAGCCCCUGAAACUCCGAGGACACAGGGGAUCCCGCCCCUUACCGAAGCACAGGCCGAGGCGCUGGAUACCCUCCAUUUUCUGGCGCAGAGAUUCCAACUGCGUCUGGAUUUCCACAAAGGGGACAUCCAGUACAUCAACAAUUUGAGUCUCCUUCAUGCUCGAGAGGCUUACACAGAUUCUCCUGAACAGCAGCGUCAUCUUAUGAGACUCUGGCUACGAGAUCCACAACUUGCGUGGGAAGUGCCAGAACCAAUGAAGCAGUCCCAUAGCCUGGCGUAUGACAAUGUGGACCCGAACACGCAGGUUUUCCCGUUGGAGCCCAGCGUGCUUAGUGCGAGACCCCGGGGCAAUAAAAUUCCCCAACCCGCCAAAAUCAAUGGUAUAAGAUGA